AGGCACACAGGAAACAAAGUGCAGGAAGACAAGUCAGUUUCAUUUGCAAAGGUUGAGUGUUGCAAUAUUUUCCUCACUGCAUGCUAGUGAACAAAGUGAAGGAGAAGAUGUCCAGGCAGGGACCCCUCUCCCUGCUCACCUGGAUGGGAGCCAUGGCUGUCUCUUCAAUGGCUUUCAACAUUGAUGAAGCAAACCCCAAAAUCUACAAGGGGGAGGAAAAGGAUUUCUUUGGUUACAAAGUCCUGCAAUUCAUAUCUGGCCAAGACAAAGGGGUAAUGGUCAGUGCUCCAUAUCAGAAGAACAGAUCUGGUGGAAUCUGUAGAUGUGCUCUAGACAGAACAGACUGUACAGACUGUUACACUCCUCAAGAAACUGACACAAUCAAGUACAUUGGACUGUCUAUGGCUGGACAAUCUACUUCUCCUCCAACAUUCACUGCCUGCAGCCCUGGUCUGGCACACGAGUGUGAUGGGAACUCCUAUCUGAACAGUAUCUGUUAUCAGUUCAACAGCCAGCUCCAGAUCACCUCGAACUUCACACCUGCCUUCCAAGAAUGUACUAAGAAAAUAGUGGACCUCGUUUUCCUCUUUGACGGAUCAGGAAGCAUGACAAUGGAGGAAUUUGAUAAGAACAAAGGUUUCAUAGACAAUAUAAUGACAACCCUAAAAAACUCCUCAAUCAAGUUUGCAGCAGUUCAGUUCUCAUCAACAGCCAGGACAGUUUUCAACUUCAAUGACUACAAAGAGGGGAGAGCCUUGACUAAUCUUUGGAAAGAAAAGCACAUGUCUAGUCUAACCAACACACAUCAGGCGAUAGACUUUCUUUUGAAAAACAUUUUUGAAAACCAAGCCGCCGGCGCCACCGCAGAUGCAACUAAAGUACUGGUCAUAAUAACAGAUGGAGAUCCCAGUGAUACUGAUAAAAGGUUUAACUCUAUCAACAGAAGUGAUGACAAAAACAUCAUCCGUUUCGUUAUUGGGGUCAAGAAUGUCGAUUUGACGAAACUAAAGUCACUAGCAUCAGAGCCAAAAGAGAACAACACUUUCCUCAUCCAGGACUACAACGGACUAAAAGGAAUCCUAGACAACUUACAAAAAAAGAUCUUCAACAUUGAAGGUUCCAAGACUGCUCUGGCUGGAAACUUGACGAAAGAGAUGUCUCAGAGUGGGUUCAGUGCUGUCUACGUUAAUAAGGAUACCUUGGUUCUGGGCUCAGUGGGGUCAAACAACUGGCGUGGAUCUCUCUUUGAGACUGAGGGUCUGAGAUCCGAGGAAAGGGAAAUUCAGGACCCCACUUUGGACAAAGACUCCUAUAUGGGAUACUCUGUAGCUGUUGGGAAGAUGAACGAGAACCUUCUAUAUUUUACCGGAGCACCAAGAUCUGAACACAUGGGACAGAUCCUACUUUUCAACAAGGUUAACAACAACUGGACUGUGGCACAAAGAUUGUCUGGAGAACAGAUGGGCUCCUACUUUGGGGCAGAGCUGUGUUCUGUGGACAUAGACUCAGACGGCAACACAGACUUCCUCCUGGUCGGUGCACCAAUGUUUCACCAACCACCGAGAGAGGGCAGGAUCUACGUCUACAUUCUAACUGAUAAGCUGGAACUGAGGAUGGAGAUGAAUGUUUCAGUGCUGGUUCAGGGUAGAUUCGGCUCCUCCAUCUCCUCUCUCACAGACCUGAAUGGAGAUGAGCUGAAGGAUGUAGCUGUGGGCGCUCCACUUGAGGACGAUCACAGGGGGGCCGUGUACAUCUACCUGGGUGAAAAGCUAAAGGGGAUCCGCCCUGAAUUCAGCCAGCACAUCUCAGCUGCGAGGAUGAGAUCUAAGCUCCAGUUCUUUGGCCAGACGAUUGAUGGGAAGAUGGACCUGGGUGAGGAUGGACUGACUGAUAUCGUAGUAGGAACGCGUGGCGCAGUUGUCGUCUUGAGGUCCCGACCGGUCCUCAGCAUCUCUGCUCAUCUCCACUUCCAUCCCUCAGAGAUCAGCACUGAUAACUUUGACUGUCUGGCAAAAGAGACCAUUUCCCCUGUGGUGACUCUGACAGCCUGCUUUAACAUGGCAGAGGCAACAAAGAGUAAAGCUGUGGUGCUGAGUGCAGGGAUGAACGUCUCCUACACGCUGGAUGUGGAUCCAGUGAGACAGAGGAGCCGGGCCUUUUACAAUGACACGAACAAAGGGGCCAGAAGUCUUCUCUCUACUGUGGAGCUGAGAAAGGAGCGGACCUGCUUCAACCACUCAGUCUACAUGACACAAUGCGUAAUUGACACAUUAUCGCCCAUAAUCAUCCAACUUACAUUUUUUCAAUCUGAAAGCCAACAAGAGGGUUGUACUGCCAUUCUGAAUACUGACAGUCCUACAAAGGCUGUGGUUGAGGUGCCCUUUGAAAAGAACUGCAAAGAAAAUGAAACCUGUUUGGCAGAGCUUGAGGUGGACUUCAACUUCAUCACAUCAACUUUAUUAGUGGUGGACCAAAGUUACUUUAAUGUGACUAUAAGACUGUCCAAUCACGGGGAUGACUCCUAUAACACCAGUCUAACCCUCCUCUACCCUCCUGGCCUCUCAUUCUCCAUGAUGCAUCUUCUGAAGUCCACAAGGAGAACGGUGUUCAGCUGUGGUGGUCUGGAAGAUGAAAUGGACAUAACUACAUGCAGUGUCAGCCUCCCUGUCUACCGUAGUAAAACUACCGCUGUGUUCACCAGUAAAUUCCAUAUUUUGAAUACAUACGACUGGAAGGACACAAUGGAGAUGACCGUCAUCGGACUGAGCGACAAUGGAAACUCAACCAAUAGUUCCCUAACCCGGACCAUCCCUGUUCAAUUUGCAGUUGACCUGGUAGCAAAAGCCCUUCCCCAAGACUCCACCACUUACAUGAACUUUACUCAGGAGGACACAUCACCUAAAAGACUGGUGAAUGUAUAUGAGGUGCAGAACUUGGGAUUUAAGUCUGUACCCAUCACAGUCACCUUCACUUUCCCAACUAAGCUUGAGCACAGAUUUGAACUGAAGGACUACAAAAUAUCUGUCUUACAGAACCACACUCAAUGUGGAAAGGUUAUCAAUUCAACAACAGAGUACUGCUCUCCAGAAAAAUACUGCAAAUCCAUCGAGUGUGAAAGUUUCCUUUUGGAGAAGUUUUUGACAGUUACAUUUGUGCUGUCUGGAAAUGUUUCCUUCAAGGACCUCGAUCAACAUGCAAAGAGCUUGUCAUUGCCAAAGAAAUUCACUGGGGACAGAGAAACAGUCAACUUCAUCAGUUUAGUCAAACUCAGCUAUGACAAAAAACGAUAUGCCCAGACAGCGAGUGACCCAGGGGACAACUCUACAAGCUUCCACCAAACACAGAUUGAUGUCCAGGCUGAGAUCAUCAUUCAUCCACAAAGAGAUCUGAUACUAGGGACAGGAGUUGGAGUAGGACUCUUUCUCCUGAUCAUCAUCACAAUGGCCAUGUAUAUGCUGGGAUGUUUCAAGAGAAAAAGGCUUGUUGAUAAUGCACAGGAAGAUGAGAAUGAAGGGGAACAGAGGGAGCAAGAUGACGCUGUUCAGCCUAUAACAGAGAAAAAGCUAGAGCCUGAGAGUGAGCCUGAGAGUGGAGCAGUGGAGUCAAAUUCUCUCCUUGACGACAGUCAAACAGAAAACAAUGGCUUCCCCACUUGUGAGGCGGUAGGGGAGGGACCAAAAGAAGAACAGGAUGUGUCAGUCAGAAGCAGGCUGAUGGAGUAGAGAAACUCUUGACGCCACUUCCAUAUGCAAGGGACUAUUUCAUAGCAGGUUAGGAGAACUUACGCAGCAGGUUAAGAUAAUUGACGUAGCAGGUUAGAGAAAGGAGUAGAGGUCCAAGCAACAAAAAAAACUCAGAGAAUAAUUGUUAGAUUAAUAUAGUCUGUCCUGACCACAGAACCACGCAUAUCACUCAAUAUGUGAUUAAGUCUGAAAUACAUUUUUUUUUAAAUACAUUACCGUUCAAAAGUUUGGGGUCACUUAGAAAUGUCCUAGUUUUGAAAGAAAAGCACAUUUUUUGUCCAUUAAAAUAACAUCAAAUUGACCAGAAAUUCAGUGUAGACAUUGUUAAUGUUGUAAAUUACUAUUGUAGCUGGAAACAACAGAUUGUUUAUGGAAUAUCUACAUAGGUGUACAGAGGCCCAUUAUCAGCAACCGUCAGCCCUGUGUUCCAAUGGCACGUUUGUGUUAGCUAAUCCAAGUUUGUCAUUUUAAAAGGCUAAUUUAUCAUUAGAAAACCAUUUUGUAAUUAUGUUAGAACAGCUGAAAACUGUUGUGCUAAUUAAAGAAGCAUUAAAACUGGCCUUCUUUAGAGGAGUUGAGUAUCUGGAGCAUCAGCAUUUGUGAGUUCGAUUACAGGCUCAAAAUGGCCAGAAACAAAUAACUUUCUUCUGAAACUCGUCAGUCUAUUCUUGUUCUGAGAAAUUAAGGCUAUUCCAUAUGAGAAAUUGCCAAGAAACUGAAGAUCUCGUACAUCGCUGUGUAGUACUCCCUUCACAGAAAAGCGCAAACAGUCUCUAACCAGAAUAUUAAGAGGAGUGGGAGGCCCUAGUGCACAACUGAGCAAGAGGACAAGUACAUUAGAGUGUCUAGUUUGAGAAACAGAAGUCCUCAACUGGCAGCUUCAUUGAAUUGUACCUGCAAAACACCAGUCUCAACGUCAACAGUGAAGAGGCGAGUCCGGGAUGCUGGCCUUCAAAAACAAGGACAUUUCUAAGUGACCCCAAACUUUGAACGGUAGUGUAGAUGUUUCAUGGACAUUGAUGUUUGAUAAAACGUGACCAAAGUGAUUCAGUAUUAUACAUAUUAUAUACUUUUUCAAUGUUUAUGUCAAAGUAAAAAAUAAUUUAUCUUUGUAUUAUUGCUGUAAUGUCAUUAUUUAAAGUGCUAUGUUCUUACUAGAGAAAUGUACAUUGGCAAAGAGCUUUAUUGUUUCAUGCAUUUCACAUUAUUCUGUAAGAUGUGCACUAUAUUUACAAAAGUAUAUGCACACCCCUUCAAAUGAGUGGAUUCGGCUAUUUCAGUCACACCCGGUGCUGACAGGUGUAUAAAAUCAAACCCACCGCCAUGCAAUCUCCAUAGACAUACAUUGGCAGUAGAAUGGCAUAACCGGAGAGCUCAGUAAUGCAUACCCAUAACAUGAUGCAGCCACCACCAUUGCUUGAAAAUAUUACAAGUGGUAGUCAGUGAUGUGUUGUUGGAUUUUUUGCAGUAUUACUUAUCUGCAUUAUAUUUCAAACAGGAUGCAUGUUUUGAUUUUUGUUUUUCUGUACAGGCUUCCUUAUUUUCACUUAUUUAGGUUAGUAAAUGACUUAAAUGUAAAUGUAAAUGUAUUGUGGAGUAACUAAAAUAUUGUUGAUCCAUCCUCAAUUCCCUCAUAUCACAACCAUUAAUAAUUAAACUGUAACUGUUUUAAAAUCAC